AUGACGAGGAUGACUGCUCUCCGAAACCCGAAAAGAACAACCACUGUAUCGAGAAGGGAAAUGGAGGAAAUCAUCUACGACUUCUACCCUGAUCUUUUCGACAGCCAUGUCCACUACCCACCAUCUGAGGGAAGACGGACAUGUCAUUCCAGAGGUUCUCCUUUCCAAAAUACGACAUGUUAUCAUGUCGGUAAGAAAUUGUACGGCACCCGGCCCCGACAGAAUAAUACCAGAACACCUGAAGAGCCUUCCGCCAGUACUCAUCAACACCCUGGCGAGGCCCUUUACGCGUUAUCUGUCGGAAUGCAAGGUUCCUAA